AUGCUAGCAUGGGAGAGAGUAAUAACUCAGCCUACAGUGCUUUUUCGACGAGUGGUGAUCGGGAUUAACUGCAACGUUGAUAUGGUUGUUACCGGGACGAGUCUAUUAGAACGUCUAAAUGGUACUUCCACUAAUCGAAAGGACCAUGAAGUGAUCAAAAAUGUUAAUGAUUUGUAUGAAUCUUUCGCUUACUUCUUUUCACGAGGAGCUGCUGCCGAAAGACACAUAUCAGAUCCGAAAAUGUUUCAAAUACUUGCACAAUUCGCGGGUGAACCUCGUCAUCGACCUCAUCAUUACAUCGGUGGGAAUGCGGCUCUGAUGGCCCAAAAGAUAGCUACUUCUUUUCCGAGAACUACUACAUACUUGGUUGGUCCUAUUGGACCUCGAAGCCAUGUCUUACUUCAUCCAUCAAUAGUUCGUACGAAUUCAACUCGCAUUGUAAAGGAUGAGUUACAUGUCAUUAUAGAAUACAAACAAGGUGAAAUUCUUGAUGAAUAUGUAGCACCAGCUUCAUCACGUUUCAUUACUUCGCACGAUCAAUAUAGUGGCAGUGCUGUUGUGAUUGAAAUGUUUUUCAAAGCAAUAAGUCAGUUUAAUCCUGAUCUGGUAAUUUUAGCUGGUGUUCAUCUCCUGCAAAAUCAGAAUAAGGAAAUGCGGAUGGAGAAACUUCGCUUGAUUAAGCGAAGUUUGUUGCAAGUAAAACACAAUAUCCCUAUUCAUUUCCAACUUGGAAACAUGGGCAAUCCUGACCACGUUGCUGAAGUGCUUCAUAGAAUUGUGCCUCACGUUGAUUCGUUAGGUUUAAACGAACAAGAACUUGCAUUUUUCUCUCAUGUUGCUAAUGGGCCAUACACAGAUCUUUAUCCUGUUUUCCCUGGUGCAAUACAUGUGUACAAAGUAGUCGAAAUGUUGUAUUGGCUGUUGACGAAGUUUGGACACGAUAGUACUGAUCCAGAAUCAAAGAAUUACCAAUAUAGGCUAUCCAGAAUACACUUUCAUUCCUUAACCUUUCAUCUAAUGGUUUAUAAAGGGACGGACUGGUCGAAUUUGGCUUCUGGUCUGGCGGCAGGUGCCAAGGUUGCAGCCCGUCAGUCCUGUAAAAUUACAAAUGACUUGAAUACAGAUAAUUUGGAAUUAAGAAUAUCAAAGGCUCAUUUGCUUGACAAGGAAAUUGGAAAGCGAUAUGUUUUCGAACCACAGAGACCUAUAGCUUCAUGGAUGCGUAAUGACGUUAUAUUUAUUUAUACACCUGCGCUCAUAUGCAAAUUCCCAACCAGAACAGUCGGUGUUGAUGAUGCCGUCUCAGCUACUGGACUUAUAUUCUCGCAAUUUUAUCGAUUUUCUACCUGUUCUUGUGAUACUGAGCAACAAGGUUUAGGUACAGCAAAAGCUUGUUGGGUAAUUCUCAUUGUAUUUCAGAUAUUUGAAAUGGCGUUCUUAAAGAAGCAUAAUUCCCUGUGUUUGUUAAAACAAGUUUGGCUUAGUGGUAGAGCUACUAGUAGCAACAGGGGCGGACCUGCUAAGUGGUUAGAUGAUGCUGUAACAUAUGCAGAUAUACAAACAUCCUUUGUGGAUCCAUGCACUUCAUUGCCGUAUCCGGAAAAGGAAUUACACCGAUUUUUAGAAAAAAUACCGAAAAUAAAGGGGAAGAAUGACGAUAAAAUUGUUGUCAAAAGAAGUAGCAGUAAGAAACUUGAUUUUAGUCAUAUACCUAUCGAAGAACAAGUGGUUGUUUUAUUUCCUGGUCAAGGGACUCAGUACGUCGGUAUGGGUAAAAAAGUAAUGAACUGUGAAAGAGCAAUUGAAAUUUAUAAGGAAGCAUCAGAAAUAUUGCAAUAUGAUUUGCUGGAACUGUGUCUGGAAGGACCAAAAUCAAAACUCGACCAGACAGUUUAUGCUCAACCAGCUAUUUUCGUCAGUUCGUUGGCUGCGUGGGAAAAAGCAAAGGCAGAAAAUGAAACACUGAGUGUUCGUACGACUGACGUAGCGGGUUUCAGUGUUGGUGAAUUUGCUGCACUUGUACUUUCUGAAGUACUUUCUUUUGAGGAUGCUCUUCGGCUGGUAAAAAUUCGCGCUGAGGCUAUGCAGCAGUGUAGCUUGAGGUAUCAUUCCGGGAUGAUAACACUACGGGUAAAUGCGGCUACAAGACUGGAGGAUGCGUUAGAAGACGCCAAAGCUUACGCAUGCGAAAAAGAUCAGCCGCCGUUAUGUGAAGUAGCCAAUUAUUUGGUUUGCGGUGUGAAAGUCAUUGGAGCAUCGGAAAAUUGCAUUGAUUUUCUGAGCAGUAAUCAGGAGAAAUAUGUUUUUCAGGUGGUCAAAAGAUUGGAGGUAAAUGGCGCAUUUCACACCACUUUAAUGAAAGAUGCUGCUAACGCGUUGAAGAAUGCUCUGAAAGAUGUGAAAAUUAACCAGCAGCCACGGGUGAAUAUUUAUUCAAAUUACACAGGUAAAUUACAUGUGUACAACGAAAAACAGAUUCGUGAAGCGAUCGUCAAGCAAGUUUGUUCACCGGUUAAAUGGGAGCAGAUCCAACAACUACUUCAUGCAAAACACCAAGAUUUCAAGUUCCCAACAUUCAUGGAAGUAGGACCAGGAAAACAACUUGGCGCAAUGCUUUUGAAAAUAAGCAAGAAAGCUUACAAGAACUACGUAAGUUAUCCAGUGUAG